AAAUUCACUGUCUCGCCGUUCGGACGUGCCCGUUGCCGGUUGGAAUUGCUUGCACGUACGGUUCGCUUGAAAAGAGAGCGCUUUCGUUAAGCGCGAGAACAAUAAUAAAUACCGGGUCGACGAAAAUACUACUAAGAUAACAAGAAUAAUACGAGAAAUACGAGAAAAAACAAAACAAAGGACGGCGGUGGAGGUGAAAAGCAGAAAAAGCCCAAAACUUCUGUGUUUUUGUGGCUUUCGCGGCCGUGAGUGUGUGUAUGUGGCGGUGUUUUUUGUGCGUAAUUGUGUGCGUGUGUGCCAAAGCCAAGAAUCAAAGUGCAAAGCGAAAUUGAAUAAUUUCCCCAUCCCUCCCUCGCUCUCUUUCUCACUGAAUGUGUAACCAAAAUACCCGCAAAAUAAGAAAAGAAUCUGAAGCUGAUAAAGGCUCCGAAGUGAGGUAAACAAAGGCUGGCUUUGGAGGCCAAAACAACAGCAAGCCAAUGUCUCGGCUUACGUAACACCGCAUCCUUGCAAAUCGAAACAAAAACAAAUCGAAUCGAUUGAGAAAAAAGAAUAGCUCCGCUGCCAUGCAAUUUCUGGGAGCAGUUUGAAAGUACCUACAUUUCCGCACUCUCUCUCUCUCUUUUUCUGUCCCCUUCAACUCCCCACCCUUUUUUUGUUAAUUGAAAAAAGCAUCGAAAAUGUCAACUGCGACAAUAACAACAACGGUGGCUGCCGCCCCCUCAAAGUCGGCACCACCCACACCAACAACAACAAACGCACGCACCGCCGACUGUCGCAAAUUCACGCCGAACAUUUUCAACAAGAGCAAGUGCAGCCACUGUUUUCGGCAGCGGGAGGAGCACUCGGCCGCCGCCUUGGAAUGCAAUAGGGCAUCGCGAAAGGUCUCCAAAUGCGGAUAUCUAUUUGUGGCGCCGGAUUGGGAUUUUAGCAAUCCAUUGUACAGAACAAAGCGCUGGCAGAGGAGGUGGUUUGUUCUCUACGACGAUGGCGAGCUGACGUAUUCGGUCGAUGAUUAUCCCGAAACCAUACCGCAGGCGUGUGUCGACAUGACCAAAGUGCUGGAGGUGACCGGCGCCGCGGAGGUCACAGGUCACCCCAACUCCAUCGCCAUAACAGCCCCCGAGCGCGUAACCUUUGUGAAGGGCACCAGCUCUGAGGAGUCCCAAUGGUGGCUCAACAUCCUGGCCGCCUUUCCCAAGUCGAAGGGUCGCCACAAACGGAGUGCCACCCUGCCCGGCGGUCAAGUUGUGGGCAGUCUGCGUCAGUCGAACAAUGGCGAUCCAUCGCUCUCCACGAAGUUGGGCAAUCGCCACAGCUCAUAUCACAAGGACACGCUCACGUCCUCCCAGUCGGCCGGCAAUCUGCUGAGCACUUUGGAUCUGGGUCCCAGCUCCACGAAAACCGGUGGUUCCGCUCUGACCAGCACGCAGUCCGGUGGUCUCGCCGACGACGAGGAGGAUGACGGCGUGGAGACUGGCGAGGAUGUCGACGAGGAGGACGAGGAGGAUGAGACGGUGCCCCGGAAGUCGAAGACUGUCAACAUUGGCGGCCAGGACGAGAACAAUCGGAAUGCCGGCAACGAGAUCACAAAUCGGGUUUCCCAGCCCACCACCUGCCUGCUGAUCGAGGACAUCCGUCGCGAUGAGAAGACGAUCAAGGACAUUGCGAACACCAUAACGAAUCUGAGUCAGCAGCAGAACAAACGCUGGUCUACGGCGGUGAACAAUGCCCUGAACAACCAGCACCACUUCAGCCAUCACAGCCAGUAUGGUCAGGUGACUUCGAGGGAUGAAACGGACUUCCAGGUGGUGUCCGCCAAUAGCGGCAACAACAAGUCCCAGAGUACGGCCAACGAACGUCCGAAAUCGCUGCCCCUGGCAUCCAACUCCACGCCGGCGAUCGUGUCGGCCAUAGUCAAGAAGAUACCCACGGUUCUGGAGCAGGGUGAGAAGUCGAAGCCCACGGCCAGGCUGCAGUUGCACUUGAAGUCCCCGAAGCAUUACCAACACGAGCGCGGAGAUCCCGACGGCGGCUGCAAUCUGGACGAGCUGUGCGUCAACUACAUGGCCAAAACGGAUGAGCUGCGAUCGGUGGGCAAGGCGAGCAGUAAGACAACCUCGGGUCAGGGCAAACCGCCGGUUAAGGCGGCGGCAGAGGAGUCGUUGAACGCCAAGAAGGGUUGGCUCAUGAAGCAGGACAACCGGACGGGCGAGUGGUCCAAGCACUGGUUCACCUUGAGUGGAGCGGCACUCUUCUACUACCGAGAUCCGUUGUGCGAGGAGCGAGGUGUCCUCGACGGCGUCCUGGAUGUGAACAGUUUGACCAGCGUUUUGGCAGAGCCGACGGCCAGCAAACAGCACGCUUUCCAGCUAACGACUUGGGACAAACAGCGUUUGCUCUUGGCCAGCUUGUCGCCCAGUUCGCGGAACAGUUGGCUGGCAGUCUUAAGAAGUGCUGCCGGAUUGCCGCAACUGGAUGCGCCGCCAAAACAGACGACGGACAUUGAGCAGGACUUCAUGAAGGCGCAGUUGCAGCAGCCGGCCUCGAGUCCGGUUACACCGGUCACGCCCGCUGGACCGCAUUUCUCGUCGGACGAGGAGUACCGCACGGCAUCGGAGGGCGGCAGAAGGGAUAGCUUGGACUGGGGCUCCCCGCUCUCACCCUCACCGCCCGUCCUGCGAAGUUGUCUGCGCAAUCGCAGCCUGGCCAGUCUGCACAAAAGGAGUCGCAGUUCGCCGCCCAGUUCGCGACGCAGCACGGUGGAUAGUGUGGCCAGCGAUGAGCUGCCGCUGCUAGUGGUGCCCGAGGAACUGCAGCCCGCGGAGAGCAGGGAGCUGAAGCAGCAGUGUGAGACGCUGCGGGCAGAGGCCUCACUGCGGGAGGCUCGGAUGUCGGAGCUACUGGCCACCCUCCAAAGAACCGAACAGCAGCUUACAGCCCGCCUGCAGGAGCAGCAGCAGCAGCUGAACAGCGAACUGAGCCAGGCCAAGCAGAGUGCCUCCGAGCUGAUGCACAAUUUGGGACUGCAGCUGAGCGAGAGCCAGUGCCAGAUCAAGCAGCUGGAGGAUCGUCUGGCCCAGGGAAUCGAGGAGAACGAGGGACUGUACAAGCGUUUGCGGGAAUUGCAGGCCCAGGAUCACGGUGGCGGUGGCGGUGGCGCUGCGCUGAGCAACCUGCAGCGUCACAAAAUCAAGCGCAUGGACUCGCUGAGCGAUUUGACCACCAUCAGCGACAUCGAUCCCUAUUGCCUGCAACGCGAUUCGCUGGCCGAGGAGUACAACGAGCUGCGGUCGCGCUUCGAGAAGGCCGUGAACGAGAUUCGGGCCAUGAAGCGGGAGCUGAAGCAGUCGCAAAACCAAUACGAUGCCUUGGAGCUGGCUCAAGCUGCUCUGCAGCAAAAGCUGGAGCGACGGCAGCACGAGGAUGGAGCCCAGCUGCAACUGAUGGCGGCCCGCAUUCAGGACCUGACCCUCAAGUACAGCAGUUCAGAGCGUCAGGUGAGGGCGCUCAAGCAGAAGCUGGCCAAGUCGGAGAGGCGACGCUCGCUGUCGCUCAAGGGCAAGGAGCAGCUGGAGCUGAAGCUAAGCGAGUUGCAGAGGGACGCGGUGGAGCGGAAGGAGGGCAGCACACCGCCGGAGUCCUCGAGCAGCGAGUCCAGCAGCCAGUCCCCGCUGAAUGCCCAUCUCCUGCAGCGGCUGCACAGCCUGGAGCAUGUGCUCUUGGGCAGCAAGGAGCGUCUGGAGCAGAGUCUCACCCAGUUGCAGCAGAUACGGGCGGGCCAGAGGACCCGUCGCUCCGUCUCGCCCAUGAACGAUCGCAAGGAUGGUCUACGGCAGUUGGAACGGGCUCUGGCCGAGACCUGUGUGAUGGUCAGCGAGCAGAUGGAACUCACCUGCCUGCAGGACGCCUGCCACAAGUGCUGCGAUCUGCGGCAGCGAGUGGAGAAACUGUCCGCCCUGCAGCAGCAAACGGAGACGGAUCUGCAGCGCAGCGAGCAGCUGCUGGAGCAGCGCGAAAGCGAUCUGGCCCAGGCGCUGGAGAAGUGCACCAGCCAGGAGCAGGAGCAGGAACUGCUGCUGCAGCAGCGCCAGGAACUGGGCGAGGAGCUGGGCAGGCAGCAGGAGCGCUGCCGGCGCCUGGAGAAGCGACUGGAGCUCCUCGAACGGGAGCACGGCAAGCAGCUGGAGUGCCUCAGGGAGGUCUACCACACCGAACACGCCAACGCAGCCGACGAGCAGAGCUUCCGAAAGCGCUACCAAACCGAAAUCGAACAGCUGAGGACCCUCUGUGAGAAGGGAUUGAGUGCCAUGGAGACUUCGCAUAGACGGCUCACCUGCGACCUGGAGCAGAAACACAAGAUGGAGAUUGAGCGACUGCUGGCCGAAAAGGAGACUGCGCUGGCCGAGGAAACUCAGGCCACUUUGGCUGCUCUGGAUGCCAUGAGAAAGGCGCACCAGAGUGAAGUUCAGCGAGAGGUAGCUCGAUUUAAGCAGGAGUUCCUGCGACAGGUCCAAAGAGGCGAACAAAUGCGGGGCGAUGGAGCCAAACUUAAGGAGGAGGAUCUCGGGGAGCUUCGUAUGGAAAUUCUGUCCUUUUCCGAGAAGUAUUCCAUCAAGUGUGUGGAAAACGCGGCGCUGGAAGAAAAGCUGCAUAUGGCCAACAGCAAGCUAAGGCAUUUUCAGCAAAUGCAGCAACUGGAGUUGAGAAAUAAGCAAUUUCGUGCCCACUUGGCCUCCGAUGAUCCAUCAAAUGAUGUUCACUUCGUGCAGGGCCUGACCACCGACGCUCGAGAGGGUGCUGAUUGUGAAGACAGCGAGCCCGCACCACAAAUAAUGGCUGCAACAGCAACAAGAACCACUGCCACUGCCACAACCACAGCAACCACAUCAGCGGCCUCGAGCGACACUGAGUCCAAUCCUGAUUCUGAUUCCAACUCCGAUAGAGAAACCGCCGAUUCAACGAGAGCGCCGCCCGAGAAAAUGGAGCAAAGUCUCUUCGUGAUACCCUCCCAUAUGCUAAACUGUUCCCCCGUGUCUGCCGCAAACGCUUCUGAUCAGAGUAGCCCCCUCCUCUUUCAAGAUCUCGAUGGGCCCGAGGAUGGUUACGAGCCAUGCUACAGGCCCUUCGAUAUAUUCGCCAUCUAUCAGAAUCGUUUGAGCUUCCCAGGUCUGAAGGGCAGCUCCACGUUCGGCAAAAGUUUAAGAAAAACCGCUGCACAGACAUCACCAGCAUCAUCAGAACUAACAACAACAACAACAACAAAAACAACAGCACCAACAACCGAUCCAAAUAAGCCCAGUCACAAGCAAAUGUUUAAAACGGCUGCCGUCAUUAACAUUCAGCAACAUGAACUCCAGGAAGAAAAAGCACAAUGAACAAAUCGAAAUGCAAUAACCAAGAGCAAAAGCAAAAGCAAACAACAAACAGAACCAGUGGAACAACCAAAGAAUAAUUAGUGCUAAUAAUAACUAAAUAAUUAUAAUUAUUUAAAAUAUAUGAAUAACCAAGCAACCAAAUGCAAGACAAAAUCGAACGGCACAACAUCAAGAUGUAUUGUACAUAAAACGAAUAACAUUUCUCUAACAGAGCGCAAAACUGGUUAAAGAUCAUAAUGAUGAUGAUGAUGAUGAUGAUGAUGAUGAUGUUGGUGAUGUAGCAGAUGAGUAAAAAUUUGUAUAUGAGGAGCUUCAGAAUUAAAUUGGAGUUAAGCUAACAACGACUGUUCACCCCCCUCCAUCAACAAAAGUGGAAGGGACGUCGAGCAAUGGAAUACUAACCCCAACAAAAGAAUAUAAACAGCAGCAGCCACUGCGUCAUCAACAGCUACAAAAAUAACAACAAUUUGGGCCAAAUUUAUGUAUUUAUCAUCUAUUCUAUCAUUGUAUCUGUAUGUUAUUCUACUGUACGUUUAUCCAAUUCUCUAUGUCCACAAAAUGUGUCAUUUAUUUAUGUUUAUGUAGUUCAUAGGUCGACUUCGAAGCCAGCGACAAGUCAUCAAACUUGUCUGCUUCCCUUUUUUUCGUUUGUAUUAAAUAUAUCGAAAUUCUUUUCAGCUUACAUACAUGUAAAUGCAUUAUACAUAAAAAAAUACAAACAAUAAAUCAUCUAAUUUUA